AUGUCAGAGACCUCCACGACUCCCCAUGGUGAACCAAGCACAGCCCAGUCGCUCCCGGCACAGCAGUUGAACCGCUCAUGCGAGUCGUGCCGCAGCCUGAAGGUGCGGUGUCUGCCCAACCCGUCCACGCCGAACCAGUGCCAGCGAUGUGCAAAGGGCAAGAAGGCCUGCGUUUUUGUCGCUCCCCAGCGGCGGCGGCCCCGAAAACGCACCGACUCGCGCGUAGCCCAGCUCGAGAGGGAGAUGCGCAUGAUGCGCUCCCUGCUGAAGGAUCGCAUCCGGGAAGAAAGCGAGCCAGAGUCGCCCGAGGGGAGUGAUGGCUCCCCCGAUGAGUCGAGCGAGAUGGACUUGCACGACCAUCUUGGCCCCAUCCCGGAAGCUUCGACCAGUGCGACGGAUUCGGUUCGCUUCAUGGACUACUCGCCGGAGUUGAUCCAUACUGCACACGCGGAGAUGGCCGGCAGUGGCCCUCUUUCCGCGCCACCGUCGUUCUCCGGUCUGCAUAUGACCUUUUCACCCGAUCCCCAGCCUCCAGCGGAAGAUGUGAUCGACCGGGGCAUCGUAUCGCUCGAUGAUGCAGAGCAGCUGGUGGCGUUCUUCAUCCAUGAGCUGACCCUUUUCUUCCCGUUGGUGGUUCUGCCAUCCACUACAACGGCCGCCCAGCUGCGACAGACCAAACCGAUCCUCUUUCUUUCCGUGAUAGCGGCGGCGGCGAUCUCGAUCGAUGCGGGACUAGCGGGCGUCUUGAACCGUGAAAUGGUCCGGCUCUAUGCAGCGCGGUUCUUCAUCGAGGGUGAGAAGUCGUUGGAGUUGGUGCAAGCGCUGCUGCUCAUGGUCAUCUUCUAUUACCCCCCGGCUCGCCCUUGA